GAAAACUGCCGCUUCCGCACUGCUUCCUUGUUUAUUACUUUUAGGGAAAACAGUAGCUUUAGAAAGAUAAAAAGGUUGUUUUUUUCUCCUUCUGUCUCUGAAAACUACAAGAACUCCUCCACAAGAUUUCCGAAUCCCUCAGAGACUUUCACAGAGGGAAGCUGCCAUCGUUUGAUGUUCAGUAGUGAAUCAGGAUCUGAGUUUCACUACAACCGAGUCUUGAGUUUCUGGUUUGGAUGGCCACAGCUGCAGAGGAGCCUCCAGGGCUGCAGGGCCCCGCAGCCUACCUGCAGUGUCAGAUCUGGAGGAGACUGUCUUCUCUCAGAGGUAAUGAACGAGAUUCGCCUGGGACUCGAAAAAAUGCUUCUCCGGAGAGUCCAAGCACCAGCAUGCCUCAGAACAUGAAAAAGACUAUCGGCCAUCGUGGAAUUGAUCCCACUGGGGAGACUACGUACAAGAAGACAACAUCAUCAGCCCUGAAAGGUGCUAUCCAGUUAGGCAUCACACACACGGUAGGCAGCUUAAGCCAUAAACCUGAAAGAGACGUCCUGCUGCAGGACUUUGAAGUGGUGGAAAGCAUCUUCUUUCCCAGUGAAGGCAGCAACCUAACACCAGCACACCACUAUGGCGACUUCAGGUUCAAGACGUACGCCCCAAUCGCCUUUCGCUACUUCAGGGAAAUGUUUGGCAUCCGGCCUGAUGACUACAUGUAUUCUCUGUGUAACGACCAAUUGAUUGAGCUGUCAAACUCCGGGGCCAGUGGAUCUCUCUUCUACCUCUCUACUGAUGAUGAGUACAUUAUUAAGACAGUGCAGCACAAGGAGGCAGAAUUUCUGCAGAAACUGCUUCCGGGAUACUUUAUGAACCUGAACCAGAACAGGCGGACCUUAUUACCAAAGUUUUAUGGACUCUACUGUGUCCAGGCAGCGGGUAAGAACAUCCGUAUUGUAGUCAUGAACAAUCUGCUCCCGAGCGCUGUACAAAUGCACCUCAAGUAUGAUCUAAAGGGCUCUACCUACAAGCGACGGGCCUCAGCUAAAGAGAAGGAAAAGGCCGUGCCCACAUAUAAGGACCUGGAUUUCAUACAGGACAUGCAAGAGGGGCUGCGAAUGGAGUUGGAUAAGUACAGUGCUGUUUGCAAGACCAUCCAGAGAGACUGUCUGCUUUUGCAAAGUUUCAAGAUUAUGGAUUACAGCCUCCUGGUUGGAAUCCACAAUCAAGAUCAGGCUUGUCGAGAGCAGGCCAGCGAAGAGGCAGUGGCUGCAGCUGCGGACCAAAGGAGGCCACAGGGCCAAAAGUCCCUGUACAGCACUGCUAUAGAGGCCAUUCAGGCUGACGCAGGGAGCAAGGGAUCAACAGACACGGAAGACAAAACUGGAGGCAUCCCAGCACGAAACUCAAAAGGCGAGAGGCUGCUGGUGUAUAUUGGUAUCAUUGACAUUCUGCAGUCCUAUAGAUUUGUAAAGAGGCUUGAACACUCAUGGAAGGCUCUGGUUCAUGAUGGGGAUACUGUAUCGGUACACAGACCUGGUUUCUAUGCAGAACGAUUUCAAAGAUUCAUGUGCACUGUAGUCUUCAAGAAGAUCUCAUUAAAGACCUCCCCAUCUAAAAAGCGCCGUGCAGCGGCACAUGUUCCUUUGAAGAAGACUGCUGGUCAAGUCAGCUCUGAGUCCAAAGACGGUGAAGGAGACAAAGUCAUCCAGUCAGGUCGUCCUGACCUCCUCCCAAAAGCCUUACCGCCCAGAGACGCUUCUGGCAACUCUACUGAAACCGCCGUCUCCUCCUCCUUGGGAAAGCCUGGACUUGCUCCCACAAGUCAGCCUCCUUCUGACUCUCAGGAUACCAGCAGGUCAGUGGGAGUGGAUUUAAACAACACGUUGAGCAACGAGGAGGAGCACAGCACCCCCAAGAGAGUUCAGUUUGGGACUCCUGAAGAAAGUAUCGGCGGUGAGGACGUGAUCUCCCUCAGUGACAUUGUUCCUAAUGCAAGCAAAUGCUCUGUGUGAGAAGGAUAAACGGAGCGUAAUCAACUAAGACAAACAUGGAGGAUGUUAUUAACGUGGUUGAAAUGUUACAACCCCUUGGUGUGAUUUGAGGUACCACAACUGCAAAAGUUAUAAUGCAUCAGCGAGACCAAGUGGGAUAUUUAAAUGCUUUUUUGUUUUUGUUUUUGCACUUUGAUUUCCAAAUCUCAACAUGGUAUGAGCACGUAAGUAGGUGGUUGUGUUCCGACACUAGUAAUUGCAGGUACAUUAAUGCUGUGGUUAUUGAACACUAUUAUUCAUCUCGUAGGAAUGCUUCUAGAUGGUUCUUGGCACAUAUGUGCUUGAAUAUUCGUUCGAUUCGGUGAGGAAUGUAACAUGAUGAGUUUAUCAAACUUAUUGUCUUCUUGGAAUUAAUUCCUCUUUUUUUUUUUUACCAAAAUGCUGUAGCACAUCCCCAUGCAUUCGUUGCUCUGCAAGUGUCUGGGCCCAUAUAGCCUUUCUGUUAUAUGUUUGACUUGGAUGCUUUAACACAAGACCAUAUUAUGUGAAUUGGGAACGCAGUUUUAAAUAAAAGGGUUUAUUUUUUUAAAGAAGUCACUGUUAUAAGCUGACAAUUUUUAAGCUUAUUCUGAAUGCAAAUUAUGCUGGAAAAAGAAGUGAUCCUCAGCUUUCAGUUUUUAUUUAAAGGUUAUAUAUAAAAGAUUUAAAACAUUAAUAUAGCAGCAAACAACUAUCUGCUACACAAAUAUAUAGAUGGUGUCCUGAGCAGAGAAUGACGUCACACUCUCUUCUCCUUUGUCGUUAUCGCAGCCUCUCUGUGCUUCAUUUUUAUUUGCUUUAACUACCUGGCCGUGCAUGUAUGUUAGUUUUUAACUGAGGGAGAGACUGAAACUGCUGUUUUUCUCAUCUAUGUUGGUGAAUUAAGGAUUUAUUUUGACUUAUUGGUGAUCGUUGGAACAGUGGAAAAACUAACAAAGACGGUUUUGGUGAAUUUUACUUUGUUUCAGUCUAGUUUGAAGUGUGUUUAACAAUUUAAAAUUACUGGUUUUGUCAAUAGAGUCUGGCGUGCACAGUGCCCAUUGUUUUGGCUCAAGAUGCUGGCAACAUCUUCUAGCAAGUGAAUUUUGUAGAUAUAACCUUUAACCAGCUGUUCCAAUGGUCCUUUUAAAGACUGUGAAUCCUAAAUGUCAUCUCUCAUGUUCCGGUUGAAGGGUUAUUUUAAAAGGAGUUUUUUUUAAUACUUAUAUACCGUAUGAUCUGAUAUCAGUUUCAGGUUUAGUGUUUAGACGGAACAAACGGUGACCUGGGGCCUGUCUCAUGAAGCAAGACUAGUGAGAUAGUCAGAGUUUGGAGUGAACCUUGUUCUUUUUUUAUAGUUCUCUUGCCACGAUGGCAACUAAAGCACCAGAUCAAACCAGCAAGGAGCAGUUUGUGUUUUAAGGCUUUUUAUGUGGAUCAUUAUGUCCAAAAGAACCACCUGCUUACCAAUCAAUUGUUAGUAAAUGUAAUCACCAUUCUUACAGUAUCCCAAUGAACAAAACCACAGUGUUCACAUUAAAGUGGUAUGUACCAAAGAGCAUAGCAUGACAUUAUUAUUAUCAUUAUUAUGAUCAUUAUUAUUAUUAUUAUUUCCAUGGACACAUUGAUAUGGCACUAUCAUAAAUAACAAGAGGUCAUUGGCAUUUAUUCAAAGCAUCUGAAACCAGCCCUCAUUAAUAUCAUCCAACUACAGCACUGGCAGUUUCAGACAGGGUCCAGUACAACCUGCGCCACCUAAAGGCAAGACAACAGCAACACCUUGAGCAGUUUUAACUCAGGUUACAGCCAAUACAUGUUAGAACUGUCCUUUUUUGUUGUUUUUUUGUGUGUAAGUACCGGUAUGUUUAUGUGUAUUGCUGUUUUAUAUUUUACAUUUUAAGCACACAAAAAGUCAACAUAUUUUGUCGAAUAGAGUAGAAAUACUUUACCGAUUGUAUUCGUCCAAAGAAACAAACUAGGGUAGGAUGCAAAGGAAAAAAGGCAAAUUAGCAAUGUCGGUUGGGAGGAGUUUUAAAUUUGCUGCUGAAUAUUUGAACAAACUCGGGUGGAACUGCAUCUUCUUUGUAUUUGUAUGUACACUUUUCCACUAUAUGCAGUAGUCUGCUGCUAAUCUAUUAUUUUCCACUCUAGGCUACUCAUACUAUAUGUUCACACUGAUUUAUUAUGCAAUGCUAUUUGAUAGUGAUAUUAUUUUAAGCUUUUUGUAUACCCGUUUCUGCUUUUUAUAUUCAAGUGGUGAAUUUAGUAUUUCCUAAAAAAAUACUCAUGUUAUAUUAAUGAUAAUGUUGGUAUAUUUUGUUGACCAUCUCUUAUUAACUUCACUUUUGUGGAUUUGUUCAUGUUGCAUGUGCCAGGAUUAACAGAGCCAGUUUUGUGAGCUUUGUGAGACAUGGUUAUUCACAAUUGUCAACUUAGAUAGAUAUUUUUGAGACAGGCCCCAACUCUUAUAUAGUUGCUCUUUUUUCAUUAGCAAAACAUGGCAAUUGCUACCUGGUGGGUAAAAGUAUAAAACUGUUCGUCUGCUUUUUAUUAACUCAAACUGGUAGACUUAGUAUUAGUAUUGUUGGUUCAAUUCAAGUUGGUUUUAGCACUCAAAACAGGUGUGCAGUGUUUUAACUUGAUGUUAUCACUUUAACUUGCCAAGUUUUACAGAAUUGUUUGAUAUUUGAAAAUUAAUUUGAAUUUAAAAGUCUUGAAAGAUGCUUCGAUUAUGCAACCAAAGUCUUUGUUCACUCCAUAUUCAAUUUCCCAACCAAGAUAAGAUGAACAAGCACGAUUUGGGCAUUUUUAUACAUCCUGUAAAUGGUUUAUAGUGGUUACUUUAUUCUGUUGCCUGAUAAAAGGCAAUGCUUGUUCGAAUAUUUAAAGUGAAACUGUGACUUAUUGUAAAAACUCAGAAGCAGUUACACACGCAGCCUAUGAACCAAACAUGUAAAUAGUCAUAUGUAUUAUAGUAUUUAUUACUGUAUAUGUCGCUCUGGUUUCGGAAAUGUUUAUCAAUGGUAAUGAUGGAUUUAAAAUGUGCCUUUUUCUCGCACAACAAACUAAGGCAUGUAACUCUGAAAGAGUGUUUCCUUUGUUCUUUGUGAGGAUUUUCAUUAUUACGAUAACAAUUGUUAAAUCGUUUUUUUUUCUUCCCUGUAUACUUUUGUUAAUUGCCUUUGAAUUAUAUAAAUGUGUGCACAUCUGUAUACAAGAAUCACAACAAUGCCUUUUCACAGAAUAUGUAUUGAGAAGUUUUCUCUCUUGCUCCAUUGGGAAUAUCAUGUUUUUUGUACACUUGUACCUGAAGUUAUUAAAGAAAAAAGACAUGUUGCUUUUGUUUGAUUAUAUUGCGUUAAACAGAUCAACUUAUUAUGUCUAAUAGUGUUAUGCAAUAUGACUGCGAUACACACCGUAAGACAACCUUCAGGCAUUUUAACUGUUAAUAAUGAGGAUAGCUAUCCCUUUUAUAUUUCUUAUUGUAUGACACCCUUGUAGUGUUGCAGAUUAAUAAACAUGAAUGGUUUGUGGAACGUA